UCUCAUUUUCCACAUCCUUUCAUGUUUUCUAGUUCCAGGAUCGUUUAACGGUCGAUUAGAUUGAGAGGAUGAAAGCUCUAAUACUCGUAGGAGGAUAUGGUACAAGACUUCGACCGCUAACGUUGUCAAAACCCAAGCCAUUAGUCGAGUUUUGUAACAAACCAAUGGUAAUGCAUCAAGUUGAAGCCUUAGCUGAGGCUGGAGUGAAACAUAUCAUUCUUGCAGUCAGUUACCGUGCAGAAAUGUUAGAAAAAGCCAUGAAACAACAAGAAAAUAGGCUAGGAAUUACAAUCACAAUUUCACAAGAAAAAGAGCCUUUAGGAACUGCUGGUCCCUUGGCUCUAGCUAGAGAUCACCUCACAGUUGACGAGGAGCCUUUCUUUGUGUUAAACAGUGAUGUUGUGUGUGACUUCCCUUUUAAACAAAUGUUAAAAUUCCACCGAGAUCAUGGAAAAGAGGGCACGAUAGUGGUCACUAAAGUUGAAGAACCUUCCAAAUAUGGUGUGGUUGUUUAUGAUGCCAAAACAGGACGGAUUGACAAGUUUGUGGAAAAGCCACAAGUUUAUGUGUCAAACAAAAUAAAUGCUGGCUUGUACAUAUUUAACCCAAAGAUGUUAUCAAGAAUUGAGGUUUUUGGAUGGAUGUAGGUCAACCUAAGGAUUUCCUGAUUGGAAUGGGAUUGUUCCUCCACUUCUUGCGACAAAAACACCCAGACCGUCUGCAUGAAGGACCAGGAAUUAUUGGCAAUGUCUUAGUGGAUCCCACUGCUAAAAUAGGAGACGGCUGCCGAAUAGGACCAAAUGUAGUCAUUGGACCAGGGGCUGUCAUUCAGGAUGGGGCGUGUCUUUCACGUUGCACGAUUCUCCAAGAAGCUGUCAUUAGAUCACAUUCAUGGAUUCACUCGGCCAUUAUCGGCUGGAAAUCAGUUGUAGGACAAUGGGUUCGUAUGGAAGGAGUAUCAGUACUUGGAGAAGACGUUAUAGUUAAAGACGAAUUGUAUAUCAAUGGCGGACGAAUUCUACCCCACAAAUCUAUCUCAGACUCCUCACCAGAACCGCAAAUCAUUAUGUAAAUAGGAAAUCAGCAGCUAUGAAAAAAUUCUUUAAACUAUA